ACGCCCUGGAGGCGUUCCAUAACGUGACGUCACGGACUAUACUGUUUGUUUCCGGCUCCUGGUUCUUCCGGGUUGUUGUUGAGCGAAAGACCGGCUGGGGGAAGUGGAGGAAACACUGGGAAGAUGAAUUGCUGAGCUGCGCAAUCCCUUCAAUCUUAUAGUUCGGCCCUUUUCCUCAAAAUGACUAAGCUUCCGGGGGAUUUCCAGCCUGAUCUGGAGAGGAGCCUUCCUGCCAUUGCCUCCAUCAACUCCUCCAUGAGCCAGAACCAUGUCUUCUCCCCGCAUUCCCUUCUGCCCCGAGAACAGCGCCGGGUUAUCUCCGACGUGCGCCGGACUUUCUGCCUGUUUGUCACAUUUGACCUGCUCUUUAUUUCCCUUCUUUGGAUCAUUGAACUAAAUACUAACGAUGGCAUUGAGAAGAACUUGGAGGAGGAGAUCUUGCAUUAUGACUUCAAAAACUCAUUUUUUGAUAUAUUUCUUCUGGCCGUGUUCCGUUUCUCCGUCCUUAUCCUUGCUUACGCCAUAGUGCGCCUUCGCCACUGGUGGGCCAUUGCGAUCACCACACUUGUGACCAGUGCAUUUCUUAUUGCAAAGGUUAUUCAGUCUGGACUCCUGUCCAAGGGGGCAUUUGGCUAUGUGUUGCCUAUUGUGUCCUUUGUGUUGGCCUGGCUCGAGACCUGGUUCCUUGACUUCAAGGUCCUGACGCAGGAGGCAGAGGAGGAGAGAUGGUAUAUGGCUGUUCAAGCUGCUGGUAGCCACCCCCCUCUUCUGUACAAUGGAGCGCUCUCAGACGGACAGUUCUACUCCCCACCGGAGUCGUUUGCAGGAUCUGACAACGAGUUUGAUGAUGACGAGGAAGCAGUUGGGAGGAAGGCAGUAACACCGCAGGAGCGGGAGUAUGUGCGACAGGGCAAAGAGGCCUUGCUGGUUAUUGAGCAGAUCCUGAGCCAAGAGGCUAACUGGAAAUUUGAGAAGAACAGCGAUAAUGGAGAUGCGGUGUAUUCAUUAGAGGUCCCAUUCCACGGGAAGACUUUUAUCCUGAAGACUCUAAUGCAGUGCCCAGCGGAAACCGUGUACCAGGAGGUCAUCCUGCAACCAGAAAAGAUGGCUUUGUGGAAUAGGACGGUGGCUCUCUGUCUGGUCUUGCAGCGGAUAGACGAUAACACACUGGUAUCCUAUGAUGUAGCAGCAGGGGCAGCGGGGGGCAUGGUGUCACCCAGGGAUUUUGUGAACGUCCGACGGAUUGAGAGAAGGAAGGACCGAUACAUUUCUGCUGGUAUCGCGACCAAGCACAGUUCCAGACCUCCGCUCACAAAAUAUGUCCGGGGAGAGAAUGGCCCAGGAGGGUUUAUAGUGAUUAAGUACCCCAAGAAUCCUUCCAUGUGCACUUUAAUUUGGGUCCUCAACACAGAUCUGAAGGGUCGCUUACCUCGCACCCUGAUCAACCAGAGCCUGGGCGCCACAAUGUUCGAGUUCUGCAGUCACCUCCGGAAGAGAAUCAAGGACGUUCACGGCGAGACAUCUUAAUAUCUCACCAGACGCUCUGUCACCCAAUCAGAGGCCCGGACCUGCUCUGCAUUCUGCCCAAAAGCCGACCCGAGGCUGCUGACUUCAACUAAUCCAUCAUUUCAAUUAAAAGAAGGGUUGGAACCCUCCAUGAACCCUGUCUGCCUUCAUCAGUUCCCUUAUUGGCUUCUUUCUCUCUCUGUGGCUCCCUGGAAACUGGGAGUGUUGCCUCUCCGGUGCCUAAAUGAAGCCUGUGAGCCAUAUUAAUGGCGUUUGCUGACGAAGGUCUUUCAUUCCUCUCCAUGGUUAAGAGGAUAGCGGUCAGAUCAAAGUGCUGUUAACGCCUUAAAGGCAGAGUGUGAGUGGCGUUUUUACAGCUGCCAAUCAAAAUGUUCCAUUAUAAUGACAAUAUUGAUUCCCAGGGGGAGGUAUUUUCCGUCCGCCCCCCCCCCCUGGCUGUGUAAGUAGGCUUAGAGACUCGCCAAGUGAACUAAAAAUCUAAAUUAUUAGGCAAGUACAGCUAAAGGCAUUGUAUGAGCUCUGUGUUAUGCACUGAACCGGAUCAAACAGGGCGGGGGGGGCACAAACAGGUUCUGGGGGGCAGAUUUAGGGGGGGCCGGCAUGUUCACUGAAGGUUUCUAUAGAAGCUGAUUUUAGGGCGCAGAGGCGUUCCAUUAAUGCACCUGGCUUUGUGGCACUAACACAAGCCCCGAAAAUCAUUUAAAUCCACUUUUUUUUUUAUAUAUAAAUUGGGUGGGAUUAUUAUUUUAUACACUGGCCCCCCCUGCUCCAGCCGCCUCCCCUCUCCCGGCACCCCCAGUGGCACCUUAGCAGCUGCUUUGGGAGUUGCAGUUCCGUGACAGCCGGCGGCGGAGUUUAUGGUUUUAGUAUCAAGAACUCUCUUCAGUGUUACGUGGGAGUUGUACGACUGCACCUCUCCUCCUCGUCGGGACUUACAGACUCACUGGACUUGGCUUCCCCAAGCGUCACACGGAUUUCACUCAACUUUUUGGUUUUUCUUUUUAUUAUUUGUUUUUUUUUUUUUUCUAACCGGUGAAUGAGAAUAUUUGCAAACAAAAUGUGAAAUGAAUUAACGAGAUUUCAAUAAAAAAAUAAUAAUUUCUUUAA